GCCUUCCUUCUUCUUCCUUCCUUCUUCACGUUUGUCCCUGGGAAUGGAAAAAUAUGGCUUUUUUCUGUUGGUGACGAAAUCAAAUAAGAAGAAAAUAAAUUCGAUGCUUUCCUGUGAUGGGUUCAUCAUAAAGAAGACUUGUUCUCUGUUUUGCUUUUUCCGGUGAGUCUUUUUGGCGGCACAGUUCGAAGCAGGGACUUCACUCGAGGAUGAUGCAAAUUUCAUCACCUUCGGUUCACUCUCGCUGCAGAUUCUACCCAUUCUCUAUAGGAUCAUCCGCUUCAAAUCGAUCUGGCCGUGUUCAUGUCCAACGCAAGGCGAUUACUUUCAAGCUCAGCCCAGUUCGGUCUCUGCCGGCGGAACCCUGUUCUAGUUCUCCUACGCUUAUUGCGUCGUCAAACUCACCUUUCACAAACGGUUCAUCCUCUCAUGGAAAUUUUCUUGUGUCCCAAAGAAAAGGUUUCAUAUCACUACGCAGUAGCAGCAGGAAGAUUAGGAAGAAGAAAGGUCUCACUGUCUGUGCGGCGUUUGAGAAAUUUACUGAAAGAGCCAUAAAGGCUAUAUUGUUCUCCCAAAGAGAAGCUCAGGCCCUUGGCAAGGAGGUGGUUCUCCCACAGCAUCUUUUGCUGGGAUUAAUAGCAGAGGAAGAUCAUUCUCCUGAUGGGUUUCUUGGUUCUGGUGUGACCAUUGAUAAGGCUCGAGAGGCAGUUCGAAGCAUCUGGAAUAUCCAAAUUUCUAGCUCUGCUGGUGAUGAUGGUGAGGAUAAAAAAGAUGGAGCUUCCGUUCCUCACCACCAUGUCCCCUUUUCAAUUGGCGUAAAGCGAGUGUUUGAGGCUGCCGCUGAAUAUUCCAAGCUUCUGGGCUAUAAUUUUAUUGGCCCUGAGCACAUAAUGGUUGCUCUGUUCAACGUUGAUGAUAAAAACGCCGGCCUAGUCCUCAAGAGACUGGACGUAAACCCACACCACUUGGUAUCAGAAGCAUUCUCCAGGCUACGAAAGGAACUUGACAAAGAUGGAAGAGAACCUAAGAUGUUAUCCAAAGGGAUGCGUAAUAAGUCUCUUUCAAGAAAGGGCACUGCCUCAGGAUUCUCUGACACAUCCAAAGAUCAAAGCGCUCUAUCACAAUUCUGUGUGGAUCUCACUGCUCGUGCGGAUGAAGGACUAAUUGAUCCCGUUAUUGGCCGAGAAUUUGAGGUUCAGAGAAUUGUGCAGAUUUUAGCUAGAAAAACCAAAAGCAAUCCCAUUCUUCUUGGUGAAAGUGGUGUUGGAAAAACAGCUAUUGCUGAGGGUUUGGCCCUUCGAAUUUCUCGUGCGGAUGUUCCUGUUUUCCUAUUGACAAAGCGUGUCAUGUCUUUGGAUGUUGCAUUAUUGAUGUCUGGGGCAAAAGAGAGGGGGGAGCUGGAGGAUCGUGUUACAAAAUUAAUAAAAGAUGUAAUACAAGAAGGUAAUGUCAUUCUUUUCAUUGAUGAAGCCCAUACUCUUGUUCAGUCAGGGGUAGUUGGAGCAGGAAAACAAGGAGCUAGCCUUGACAUUUCUAAUUUACUUAAACCUGCCCUUGGAAGAGGUCAAUUUCAGUGCAUUGCAUCUACAACCAUAGACGAGUACAGGUUGCAUUUUGAGAAAGACAAGGCAUUGGCACGACGAUUUCAACCUAUUCGGGUUGACGAACCAAGUGAGGAUGAUGCAGUAAAGAUACUUAUGGGCCUACGUGAGAAAUAUGAGGCACACCACAAAUGCAAAUAUACACCAGAAGCUAUAAAGGCUGCAGUGUAUUUAUCAGCAAGAUAUAUAGCGGAUAGGUAUCUCCCUGAUAAAGCUAUUGAUCUUAUUGAUGAAGCAGGAAGCAGAGCUCAUAUUGAAGCCUUUAAGAGAAAAAAAGCACAAGAAAUUUGCAUACUUUCCAAGAGCCCAGCUGAUUACUGGAAAGAAAUUAGGACGGUUCAGUCCAGGCUUGAAAUGAUGGAAGGCAAACUCAAAUAUGAUGGCGCUUCUGAUGAUGCCAAUGAACUCAUCCUGGACUCCUAUUUGCCUGACACAACCAAUGAUGAUGAACCUACGGUGGUUGGGUCUGAUGAGAUAGCAGAAGUUGCUUCCCAGUGGUCGGGCAUCCCUGUUCAGCAGCUCACUGCUGAUCAAAGAAUGCUUUUGAUAAACCUUGAAUACCAACUGCACAAACGUGUGAUCGGACAAGAAGAGGCUGUUUCUGCCAUUUCUCGAGCUGUUAAGAGAUCACGAGUCGGUCUUAAGGAUCCCAAUAGGCCAAUAGCAGCAAUGCUCUUUUGUGGUCCAACUGGGGUUGGCAAAACUGAACUUGCUAAAUCUCUGGCAGAAUGCUACUUUGGAUCAGAGGCAGCCAUGGUACGAUUAGACAUGAGUGAAUACAUGGAAAGACACACAGUAAGCAAAUUGAUAGGAUCCCCUCCAGGUUAUAUUGGUUAUGGAGAAGGAGGCACUUUAACAGAAGCUAUUAGAAGAAAACCAUUCACAUUGCUUUUGCUUGAUGAAAUAGAGAAAGCUCAUCCAGAUAUAUUCAAUAUCCUUCUUCAGUUGCUUGAAGAUGGCCAUCUUACUGAUUCUCAGGGUCGAAGAGUUUCAUUUAAGAAUGCAUUGGUGGUAAUGACUUCAAAUGUGGGGUCUAGUGCCAUUGCAAAAGGUCGACGCAACUCCAUAGGUUUCUUGCUUCCAAAUGACAAAGAAACUUCAUACAAUGGUUUGAAAUCAAUGGUGAUGGAAGAAUUAAGGACAUAUUUUCGUCCAGAAUUUCUAAACAGAAUAGACGAGGUGGUAGUGUUUCAAACCCUUGACAGGACACAGCUUCUUGAAAUAUUGGAUUUGAUGCUUGGAGAGGUGGAGAAGAGGACCAGGUCUCUAGGAAUUGAGUUAGAGGUGUCUGAAUCUGUGAAGGACUUGGUGUGCCAGCACGGGUAUGACCCUACAUAUGGUGCUAGGCCCCUUAGGAGGGCAGUUACUUCACUCAUUGAAGAUCCCUUGAGUGAAGCAAUCAUUGCUGGAGAGUGCAAACAAGGUGACAAUGUCCUAAUUGAUUUGGAUGCUGAUGGUAACCCAUUUGUUAUAAAUAAGUUUAAUCAAAUUGUCAACUCAUCUUGACACAACUUAACCAUGUAAAUAACCAUUCUGCAAGGAAUAGGUCCACAAUUAUUUAUAUUCUGUUUUUCCCCCCAAGAAAAGCCCCUUGUUUCUAGCCGGGGCAAUUCACUUGUGUGUGUUGAGCACACCAAUCAUUCUUUUUAUGAGGGAAAGAAACUCCUAAUUCCAUCAAAAUGUAAAAUAGUAAAGUUAUAUUGAAUUCAUAAUUAUCUCUACUUGACAGGUA